GGAGGCCUAGCGACCGCUGGAGGGCCAGAAGCAGCCGAGCAGCAGCGGCGGAAGGUCGGCUGUGUAACACACGGCUGGGCGCGGAACAUAUACACACACCCACACACUUAUUCAGUGUAUUUAUAGCUUUACUUUAUUCUUAUUUAACAAAUAAGUGUUUUAAAUCGAAACGAAGAGGACAGCGUGUAAUAAGAAGCGAGGAUGUUGGUCCCCGUGGGAAGAUAAUGAAGAGGCUGUGUGUGUUGCUCCUGUGCCUCACUGUAGCUCUCGUGUGCUGGUCUUCAAGUCGUCAUGUCCAAUGUACAGAACAGCCGUCUUCAGGCCCAGAACCCGCUACACAGGACAGUAGCGCGCACGCGACACGGGAGACGAGGACUAACGACGAGGUUGAGGAGGAAUGGAAGUUACAAUCAUCCUACAACAUGGGAUUGGAGACCGAGAGGGCUGCACUAGAGGAGCAGCUAAAACAAGACACAGCAGAAGACGACAAACCUGAAGAGGCUGUGACUAUAGUAGAGCAGGUGCUGGAGGAGGCACACACUGUACCAGACACACCACAUUUAGAGGUUGAUCCCAAUACCAACUCUGACCAACUAGAGCCUGCUCAAACACAGCCCCCACCUUCAUCAUCUCAGUCAUCAUUACCACCACCUCCACCCCAUCCAGUGGAAACCGAGCCCUCCAAGGCCUCGCCCUCACCGGAGCACACCGACGCUGCUGCUGCUGAAACGUCUUUUACAUCUCCUGCUGAACCAUCAUCCGAUCUCCACGUAGACUCGAACACUAAUGCGGACAUCAGCGCCGACUCGGGGAACGCCCCGGAACCGGCGGCACCUACCUCAGACACCUCAUCGGAAAGCGCCUCCAGUGCACUAGAGGUUGCCAGUGCUGGUUCCCCACUAAAGAACUCUAGUGCCAGUCAGUGUGAGCUGGGCUCUGUGGCCCUCUCCAGCCAGCUCCUUGCUUCUGGCUCUACACUCAGCAGUGUGUUGGUGGAAUCAGUUGAGAAUCAGGAUCCAGGGACCAAUGCUGACCUGACUGCCCCUCUGGAUUCGGCUGAGCCGGACCUCACUGAGCCAGAGAACACAGUCAAUGACUCUCAAGCCCAGGAGAACCAGGAAGUGGUAAAUGCACAGGUGACUGAACCCGAGGGAGGGACCGAUCCCCCUGUCCCUGGCAAAGAGGACAUCCCCACUUUUGAUGAAUGGAAGAAAAAAGUAAUGGAGGUGGAGGAGAAGAAAAGUCUGCACACGUCAUCCAACGGCAUCCCCCAUACAGUGAAAAAGAUUCAGAAGAACUUUAAGAAUAAUUAUGCCUCUGUGGAGUGUGGGGCCAAAAUUCUCGCAGCCAACAACGAGGCUAAGAGCACGUCUGCCAUUCUAAUGGAGAAUAUGGAUCUUUACAUGCUCAACCCCUGCAGUAAUAAGAUCUGGUUCGUUAUUGAGCUUUGUGAGCCAAUCCAGGUGAAGCAGCUGGAUAUUGCGAAUUUUGAACUCUUUUCCUCCACUCCAAAAGAUUUCCUGGUGUCAAUCAGUGACAGAUACCCGACCAACAAGUGGGUGAAGCUUGGCACCUUUCAUGCACGUGAUGAGCGCACAGUUCAAAGCUUCCCAUUGGAUGAACAGCUGUAUGCCAAAUAUGUUAAGAUGUUCAUCAAGUACAUAAAGGUCGAGCUGCUUUCCCAUUUCGGUUCCGAGCAUUUUUGCCCCCUCAGUUUAAUCAGGGUGUUUGGUACCAGUAUGGUGGAGGAGUAUGAUGAGAUUGCUGACUCGCAGUAUCCCUCUGAGAGGGUCGAGUACUUGGACGAGGAUUAUGACCUCCAUUCCAUAGAUUACCCUCCAGGAUACCUUCCAUCUGAAGACAAGGCAUCCAAGAAUCUUCUGGGUUCUGCUACAAAUGCAAUCCUAACAAUGGUCAACAACAUUGCUGCGAAUGUGCUCGGGGCCAAGCCAGAGCUUGAAGAUGGAGCUCAGAUGGAAGGCAAUACGUCAUCAGGCAACGAGAACAUCACAGAAGACACAGAAUCUACACUCACGCCAACCCCAACACUCACGCAGCCACAAGAAAUCCUCCAAACUCCAGAGCUGGAUUCCACUCUGGCGAAGCCGGAUCCAGAAGUACCCAUUCCAGAUUCCCCCUCUACUCCAUCACCUGAAGAUAGUCGUAUCGUCAUUCUCAUUGAAGAUGAAGAGGAAGAGCCAAUGCCACCCACCGUGACCCUUCUAGAGGAAGAGCGCGAUGAGGAGAGGCGGCGCGAGGAGGCACGCCUCCGGGAGAGCGCCGUUUACUGCAGCCAGUUUUCUACGUUGUCUUGUCUAGCCAGCUUCCACGAGCACCUCCACCUUCGCUGUUCUGCAGCACUGGCUCUUCAACGGGUACAAAGAGAGCGUCACACACACGCAAGGAGACACACGCGACCAUCGACGCAACUCCCAGACCCCAGUCCAACUCGCACCCCCUUGUUGCCCUAUGAGAAGCCUUUGGAGGUAGAGCCCACCCAAAGUGAAGACAUUGCGCCUAUUGACUCGCCCCCUGUUACUCUGGAUCCAAUCACUGAUCCUCCAAUUUUAUUAGAGCCAAGCCACACCUCCUCCCUUCCCCAUCACAGCUUCUCUGAGGCUUCGCUCUCCAAAGCCACGCCCACCGAGGGCAUUCCUGACUCUCUGCCCACAGAUGAGCCCCAAGAUCCGAUACCACGAUACAUAGAGCGUAUACCUGAAACGCCGACCCACACCUUUGCCAGCACCUCUCUCGCUUCCACCUUCACCUCCACCACUUCUAUGAUCCUCACUCCCACCACUUCACUUCUCGUCCCCGAGACGACGGAGCUCCCCACACUCAGCAAAGAGCAGUCCGUUCAUUCCGUUCCCACACACGUACGACCUACAGAAAUCCCACCUCCCACAGAACUGCCCGGGCCUGGGCCUGGCCCAGAGCCUUCUGCAGGCAUUGAGGAGGUCCAGCAGGAUCCUUCUCACCUCGCUUCUCAGGAAGAGCCCUUGGAGGAGGCGCAGAGCACACUACAGCGCACCGCCACCGACUUCUACGCCGAGCUGCAGAACUCGGGCGAGCCGAGCUACGGCAACGGCAACCACGUGCACGGCUCCAACCAGAAGGAAUCGGUGUUCAUGAGGCUUAACAAUAGGAUCAAAGCUUUAGAGAUGAACAUGUCGCUCAGCAGCAGAUACUUGGAGGAACUCAGCCAGAGGUAUCGUAAGCAAAUGGAGGAGAUGCAGCGGGCGUUCAACAAGACCAUCAUUAAACUUCAGAACACUUCCAGAAUUGCAGAGGAACAGGAUCAGAAACAGACAGAAGCCAUUCAGAUGUUGCAGAGCCAGCUGGAGAAUGUCACCAAGCUCAUGCUGAACCUGUCCAUCAUUGUGGGCCAGUUACAGAGAGAGGUGUCAGACAGGCAGAGUUACUUGGUGGUGUCUCUGGUGUUGUGUUUGGCUCUGGGCCUGCUGUUGUGUAUGCAGUGUUGCUGCAGCAGCUCCUCCAAUAGCAGAAGCUCUGCGAUCCCUGUGAGCAAUCACUACCCCAGUCCCAAGAGGUGUUUCUCCUCUUACGACGACAUGAGUUUGAAGCGAAAAGUUUCAUGCCCUCUCAUACGGUCCAAGUCAUUUCAGCUGCCAGCUUCAGAUGUAGGUCCUGAUGACUUGUACAUUGUAGAACCUCUAAGGUUUUCUCCAGAGAAAAAGAAAAAGCGCUGCAAGAUGAAAGGAGAGAAAGCGUUUCUGAGUAACUGCAGCCUCGAGGGCAAGAGUGUCAGCGCGCCUCAGUUCCUGCCGUCACCAGGGGAGGGCGACGCGUCCACCUGCUCGUCCAGAGAAAGAGUGGCCGAGAGCGGCCCCAAAGGCGGCUCAUCAUCUUCAUCUUCCUCCUCGUCGACAGCGUCGGACGAGUCCAGCUCCAGCAUCCCCUCCGUUAACGGCCACUGUGUGGGUCUGAAUCACGAGCAGCUCCCGCUGGCCAAGAGCAAGACAGAGAAGAGGUCUUUUAAGCGCCGUCGCUCUAAAGUGGCCGAGCAGCAAACGCAGUCGCACGGGCGCUAUGGGGCGGGGUUACUGCACACGCCUAUUCCCGUGGCAACGUGCGUCAUGCCCACGCUCCAGCAGCUGAUGAAGGGAAAACAGGAACUCGGAAUGGGGACUUUUGGAGUCACGGCCGUCACCGGUCAUGUCUGAGAACUUCUUUUUUUUUUUUUUUUUCAGCACUAUAUUACACACAGCUUUAUAGACUGAAACAGUGUUCAACUUUGGAGGAAGAAAGACAAACACAGUUGUUUGUUUUUGUUUUUUUCACUCUUUCUCACUCUUUCUCUUCCUUCCUUUUAACACUGUUUAGUGUUCAGGCUCUGCUACGUUUGCUCAAGCACAGAGAAAUAUAGACUCUUGGGCAGUUACCUUGGUUUCUUGAUCCUCUUUUACGUGCCUUUAUUUGUCCGUUAACAAACUAAAGAUCAGACCACAGAUCAA